AGGGGAACAAAUGACGUCGUCCUCUUCACUUCCUGAAAAAUCAUGCGCAGCAGAACGCGUAAGACGAGAAACAAAUGACUUCCUUUUAGAUGUUGAUGACUUCUGAAUAGUCGCAUGCAGAGUCUCCCAUUCUGGAUAAAAUGGUGGGGCGGUGGGUUUGUUAGCCCGGGCGAUGGACUUGCGCCGCGGUCUCCAAGCGUCCCCCGUGAGAGACUUUGAUCGCAUAUCGGAGCUCCGAGCAGAGAAACAUGAGCAGCUACGACGACGCACGAACGUGACGUCAUGCCGGAGCCCCGCUAAAGAUUACGACACGGCGCUGCUAAAACACACACUCAGCAACAAAAGACAAGAAGAGUUCAGGAAGAGGAGGUCGCUGCCUCGCACGCCCGAGGAGGACCGCGGAAGCUCUCGUUUCUCCACCUGCGACUCGGCGUCCUUUUUUAGCCUACACGGCGGCUUCGGUGACGUUGGCGGACGGGAAAACGUGAUGAUGAAGAUGAUGGCAAAGGAGGACACCUGGAUGGAAGAGAUGAAGAUUGAAAACAGCACACACCAAAUGGACAGUGUCGACCAUGAUGCCCACGCACCCCAACAAAAGAUGAGAGAAGUCAGUGUCCAGACAGAGUCAGGCCUUUUGACAGUCGAAGAAUCCGAUAUUCUGCAGUUACAGGACUACAUGCAGAAUCACAACUCUAACCCAGUCAGACACCCUUCCUCUAUCAAGGAGAGCUUGUGGCGGGAGGAGGCCAUCACCAAGAAAGUAGCAGCGCUGCAGGAGUGUUUUCUACAGCUGCAGAAGGCCUUAAGUUCAUUGUGGAAAACUCGCUGCAGUGAAGAUGCGCUGAGAAACAAGAUCAAGGUUCUGGAGACGCAGCUGCAAGCUUGUCUACAGGUUGACAAAUCGUCCGUUUCCUCACAGAGGCUUCCAAAGGAUGUAUCGAGAAAACAAACGAAGAAGCAGAAAAUGACAUUUGAAGAGAAGAGUCAGAUGAUCACCCAAGAGAAAAACGAAGAACUCAACAAAACUGUUGCGUUGAAGGAAGCACUGAUUAGUGCAAAAACGGACGUCCUGAGAAUGCAGAGCCUUUAUGAGGAGCUGAAGCUCACCAGUCGAAAACUUCGGCAGGAGCUGGACGUUAGCUACAGACGAGCGCGAGAGCAUGAAGUACAAAUUGAGUUUUCCAGGACGAGAGAAGCAACGCUGACCGAGGAGCUGGUGUCGUUGCGGCGAGAGAAGAAUGAGCUGCGGUUGAAAAUGAGCCUGCUCGAGGAAUACCAGCAACGUGAAAGGGAUCAAAUGCAAAAUUGUAGCGACGGCGACAUUGUGAGACGGGACGUGAGCGUUCAGAGUACACCUGAGGAGGAAAACGCAUUCGCAAAGGGGGACUGCAUCGUAGGGGAGAAGUUUCUUCACGUUCGGGACCAGCUUCGCUUUAAGGAAAUAGAGUGCGAGUCUCUCAAGACUGCGUUGCACACCAUGGAAGAAACCUUGCAGUCCAGCCAGACUCGACUAUCACAAUGCAGGGAAGAACUCCUCCACAGCAAACCGACGCGGAAUGUCACCCGACGGAGUUUGCGCGUGUUCCUCGUUCUUCUUUUUCUGACGCUCCUGGCUGUUGCCGCCAUUGCCGCGUUGAGGCCUUGGCUUCCCCUUUUUGGAGAGAAAGUGGAAGACUUCUACCUUGACAUGGAAAGACGGAUGGAGAAUUAUUUUAUGCAAAUGCAAAACUCGGGCUGUUUUAGGCCAAUUUGAUGUGUCAUGUAUCGUUUUCAAAUGUUUUGAUUUUUAGUGUUCAUUAUUGGUAUAUUUUUUUAAUACAAAGUCUGUCAAAAAUGUUUAUCAUUUAAUAAAUUCCAUUUUUUGUUUCA